GUCCUGGGAAUAUUUAGUGGAAAGAGACGCUCGCCAGCUGCUCUGCUUGCUCUGGACCAGCUAACCCUGCAGUAUACCUAGGGAGGAACCUCUUCUUGAAUUUUCCUUGUUGCCAAACGGAAAUUUAAACGAAAAAUGUCCGACGAAGAACUGAAGACGGUUUUUAAAUCGUUCUGUGCCUUUGGGGCAGGAAGUAAAGAUGCGCAACCUGAAAUGGACAACGCGAAAUUUGCAAAACUCUUUCGUGAUCUCAAAUUGUACGACAAAAAAUUUACCUCCACAGACACGGAUAUUAUUUUCAACAGACCCGAAGUCAAAAGCAAGACGGAUCGGAAAAUUCGCUUUGAUGGCUUUAAGAAAGCUCUGGAAUUAUGUGCAGAGAAGAAGUAUGGAAACAAAAGCGAAGUGCAGAAGUUAAUUGACAAGAUUUGCAGCGGAAAAGGUCCAACGGCCGUCGGUGCCACGAAACAAAGUAAGACAGGUGGAGUUGAUAGAAUGACUGAUACCUCACAAUACACUGGAUCACACAAAGAGCGCUUUGAUGAGAGUGGAAAAGGCAAAGGAAUAGAGGGUCGUGUAGACAGGGAUACCAAAGCUGCUGAAGGCUAUGUAGGUGGUUAUAAAGGAAAAGAUACUUAUGAUAAGACACAUUAGAGUACAAAAUGUAAAACAGACUCUUUUGUACCAUGUUGUGUGCUUGAUUCACUCUUAAAGUUCACGUUUGACAUAAAAUGUAAACAGUUUAGGGACAAUGAGAUUUUAUGACGAUUGAGUUAUCACUGAAAUGAUUAGAUUUAAUUUGAUUGGAUCAACCUAACUGAUAAUGCAUGGCUGGUCAGGUUGUUCUUUUAUUAACUACGUCAAGGUAUUCAGUAGUUUAUAACUUAUUUCAUUGCAAUUUUGGACUGACUUUGGCAAUUUUUAAUACCAGUAAUUUAAACUUUGAAUAAAAGCAACAAAUAAAGUGAAAGUAUCUAACAUGCAGUUUGAA